GUUUAAAAUUCAUUUGUUUACAAAUCAAUAUACGAACAACUUCUUGUGCAACAAUUGACGAAACGCAUAUCAUGGUUAGAGCCGUGCACCUCCUUCUCGGCUUCUUUGUGCUCUUCGCCCUCAUUGUAACGGAUACGCAGUGUGCUGAAUAUAAUGAAAGCAGCCUACUGGAGGAAUCAUUGAACUUCAUCCAUCAACUCAGUUUCGACAUACUGCCUCGAGCUGCUUGUCCGGGUACUGAUGAAUCCUCGCCUUUGGAUGACUUUCCCGAACUGUUUACAAUCGAACAACUGCGCCAUGGCUGGAUUGUGCUGCAUGUGUUCGCAGCCGUCUAUUUCUUUAUACUGCUGGCCAUCAUAUGCAAGGACUACUUUCUGCCCACUGUAGAAUGUAUUUGCGAGGAUCUGCAUCUGUCGAAGGAUGUGGCGGCAGCCACUUUCAUGGCCACGGCCACAUCCAUGCCCGAGUUCUUCACGAAUACGAUCAGUACGCUUAUAUUGCCUUCGGAAAUGGGCUUGGGCACAAUUAUUGGCUCGCUGAUGUUCAACACGCUGGGCGUGGCUGGUCUGGCGGCGCUGGCCAUCGAUAAGCCGGUUCAGCUGGACUGGUGGCCCAUAGCGCGCGACUGCGUCAUUUAUGGGUUUAAUACGAUUAUUCUGUUGGUGGUCGCCUGGGGCGGCAGCAUUAGCUUCGUCGAGUCGUGCAUCAUGAUGGGCUUUCUAGUUAUUUACUAUCUGAUAACGUUUAACAACAACAAGUUCAUGCCCGCCAUUCGUGUGUUUAUCGAGGACAAAAUGAACUGCUGCUUCUCCACGCGUUACGAUCUAACGGCCCCGCCCGAGAACAGCGCCAAGGCCAAGCUGCCGCUGAAGAAGGAGCCGCUGACGGGCAACGGCCUGUUUGUGGUAAACUUGCCGGAGAACACCUCGUCCAUGUCCUCGACGACUAAUCUGACGGACAAAACCUGGCACGGCGAAUAUAAUGAUGAACAGCAGGAGCGGAACCGUCUCUGCGCCUACCCCUUUGAUGAGUCCAACUUCAUGAAGUUCUGGUGGAUUUUUACGUUCCCCAUUAGGUUGUUGCUGGCCAUGAUAAUACCCAACCCUCUGAAAAUUCGCAAACUGUAUCCUGUAUCGUUCAUCAUGUGCAUCGUAUGCAUUGGCGGUAAUGCCUACAUGAUUGUCUGGAUGCUGACGGCCUUCGGAGUGGCUAUACAUGUGCCAACUAUAGUUAUGGGCUUGACUUUCCUAGCGGCCGGCUCAACCAUGCCCGAGGCGGUCUCCAGCCUCAUAUCGUUGCGAAAUGGGGAGAACGGCAUUGGCGUCUCAAAUUCUCUGGGCGCCAACUCUCUGGCCAUUCUGCUCUCCCUCGGCGUUCCCUGGUUCAUCAAAAACUGCCUUAACUACAACACCGGGGAACCCCAACAGGUGGGCACCCAGGGCAUCGAGUACAACAUCUUCAUAUUGCUGGCAUCCACCAUUGCACUCUUCGUGGUGCUCAGCUUCAGUGGGUAUCGGCUGACCAAGCGCGUGGGCGUGGCACUCUUCAGCGUCUACACUGUGUUCAUAGUUCUGCAGAUUCUGAUCGAGAUGAACGUCUUCUUCCCCAAGGAUUGCAGCUAAAGGGAAACUGCCCGCUCACUACUAUUGGCAUGUCUCAAGCCCAUCUGGCUGGUAAAGGGCUCGCCCAGGACCAAAGUUCUAAACUAGUAACAAACUGAUUAUAGGGCUUGCUUUUCAUAAAAUAAAUUAUUUUUUUUUGUUUUUUUUUUGUCUACCUUGUAAGCCCGCGUAUUGUCUAAGACUGCCUACUUUAAGUGCAAUUAUGUAGCGAGCUCUCUCUCUGCUCAGAGACCUCUUCUACCUGCAUAUACGUACAGUCCUUCAAACUGGUACUUGUACCAAAAUAUCCGAAGCGCCGUUCUAUGGAGUUUCAGUUCUAAUACCAAAAAUCUUAGAGCUAUACGUACGAUUAUAAACACUUUCAGCAAAUCGAUCACAACAAAGAAAACACACAUAUCUAUGCCAAAUACUAUAUGUAUUUAACUGUGUAUGUACUAUAUAUAGAAAAUCGGUAGGAUUGUCCCCCUAUGUCUUAAGCAUGUAAGUACCCUGCGAUAUUCACUGUCUUCGCCUGUCGAUUGUUAAGCCUAUGCCUUAGUCCCUUAGCUUAGAUAGUGUUUUGAACAUAAGCGUUUUUGAUAUUUCAUAUUGUGUAAUGGUAUUUAAUACGCUUCAAUUAAU